CCCCCCGCCCCGCACCCCCCGCCCGCGCGGCCGCAGGGAGCUGGUUCCAGAUGGUGUCGGCGCAGGAGCGGCUCACGCGCACCUUCACGCGGAGCAGCCACACGUACACGCGCACGGAGCGCACCGAGAUCAGCAAGACGCGGGGCGGCGAGACCACGCGCGAGGUGCGGGUGGAGGAGUCCACGCGCGUCGGCGGCGACCCCUUCCCCAACGUCUUCGGGGGCUUCCUGGCCCGCGAGGGCCUCGGCUCCUUCGGCCCCAUCGCCCGCGCCCAGGAGGGCGAGGCGUCGGCGCAGGAGCUGGCGGCGCAGGUGCUGAGCCCCUCGGGGCAGCGCUUCGAGGCGGAGGUGGUGGCGGGGGGCGCGGGGGUGUACAGCGUGCGCUUCGUGCCCCAGGAGAUGGGCCCCCACACCGUCAGCGUCAAGUACCGCGGGCAGCACGUGCCCGGCAGCCCCUUCCAGUUCACCGUGGGGCCCCUGGGCGAGGGGGGGGCCCACAAGGUGCGCGCGGGGGGCACCGGCCUCCAGCGCGGCGUGGCCGGCGUGCCAGCCGAGUUCAGCAUCUGGACGCGGGAGGCGGGCGCCGGGGGCCUCUCCAUCGCCGUCGAGGGGCCCAGCAAGGCCGAGAUCGCCUUCGAGGACCGCAAGGACGGGUCCUGCGGCGUCUCCUACCUCGUCCAGGAGCCCGGCGACUACGAGGUCUCCAUCAAGUUCAACGAGGAGCACAUCCCCGACAGCCCCUUCGUGGUGCCCGUGGCCUCCCACUCCGAUGACGCCCGCCGCCUCACCGUCACCAGCCUCCAGGAGACGGUGACGGUGAACCAGCCGGCCUCCCUGGCCGUGCAGCUGAACGGGGCGCGCGGCGUCAUCGACGCCAAGGUGCACACGCCGGCCGGCGUCGUCGAGGAGUGCUACGUCUCCGAGCUGGACGGCGACAAGUACGCCAUCGGGUUCCUGCCGCGGGAGAACGGGGUGCACUCCAUCGACCUGCGCUUCAACGGGCGCCACGUGCCCGGCAGCCCCUUCAACAUCCGCGUGGGCGAGCAGAGCCAGGCCGGGGACCCCGGCCUCGUCACCGCCUACGGCCCCGGCCUCGAGGGCGGCCUCACAGGCGUGUGCUCGGAGUUCCUGGUGAAGACGGCGAACGCGGGGGCGGGGGCGCUGGCCGUCACCAUCGACGGCCCCUCCAAGGUGAAGCUGGACUGCGUGGAGUGCGCCGAGGGCCACCGCGUCACCUACACCCCCAUGGCCCCCGGCAACUACCUCAUCGCCAUCAAGUACGGCGGCCCCCACCACAUCGUCGGCAGCCCCUUCAAGGCCAAGGUCACCGGCCCGCGCCUCUCGGGGGGGCACAGCCUGCACGAGACGUCGACGGUGAUGGUGGAGACGAUGACGCGGGGGGGGGCGUCGUCGCGGGGGCCCCCCGCCUUCGGGGGGCUCCCCAAGUUCUCGUCGGACGCGGGGAAGGUGGUGGCGCGGGGGCCGGGGCUGGCCACCGCCUUCCUCGGCCAGAAGAACCACUUCACUGUCGACUGCAGCAAGGCUGGCACCAACAUGCUGAUGGUGGGGGUCCACGGCCCCAAGACCCCCUGCGAGGAGGUUUACGUCAAGCACGUGGGGAACCGCAUCUACAACGUGACGUACACGGUGAAGGAGAAGGGCGAGUACGUCCUCAUCCUGCGCUGGGGCGAGGACAGCGUCCCCGGCAGCCCCUUCCGCGUCACCGUCCCCUGACCCCCGCGCCGGGGGGCCCCGGGGCGCCCGCGCCCACCAAUAAACCUCUGGGAGACUCGG